AUGGCGACAAUGUUGCAUCGUCGGCUACAACCUAACCGUAACCUCUACUGGCUUCCGACACAACACAAUGUUAACGUAUCAGCUGAUCAACAACACGUUUUGUUGUAAAGAGAGUUUGAAAGAUACCAAAUAAAACCUGUUCCUUCUUGUUUCUUAUAAAUUUAUUGAUUAUUACGUGAUGCAAUUAUUUGCAUUAUUUGUAUUACGAAGUAUUUAGCAUAUAGUUCAAGGUUCAAGAUGAAUUUACUCGUGACGACUACUUUGAGUUGUGUCAUCGAUACUAUUUUGCCAUUUUUAGUCAGAUAUAUUUCAACAUUUUUCUUUACAAAACUGCGAUAUUCAUACACGGCAGAUGAUAUCAAAAUGAGAGAUGAAUUAAAGAAUAUGAAAAAGGAAAUGUCGCACAUCUCGGUUCACGAUGAGUUUGCGAAAUACGCCAGGCUUCAACGCAAAUUCAAUCAAGUAAACAAUACUUUCAAUGAAAAGAUAAGGAACAAGCUGAACAGAAAGGCAGCAUACGAGACGAUAUUAAUUCGCAUCUUAAGUGCAUUAAAUGGUAUUUAUAUGGCAUACCUUUUAUAUAUGUAUAGGAAACAGCCAAUAAUCAUUCUCCCAGAAGGUGCUUUGUGGCCAUUCCAGAACUAUUUCAGUUGGCCAUCCGAACACGAGAAUGCCAUUUCUUUGUUAUCAUGGAUUGUAAUCGCUCGAUUGGGGGUGUCUGGAUUCAAAGAACUCUUACUUUUUAAUGACUUGUAUCACAUGUCUGAAAUUGUCGCCUAGUGUUUCCUCGCCGCUGGAGAGCGUCCGAAACAUGUUCAUCUGAAAAGGCGAAUUUUGAUGAAAAGAAUUGUUGAAUUACCUGGAAGAAAGCAGCUACUACGACCACACCGUCUUCGUGCCAUAACGCGUCGGAGAAGUUCGAAUAUGCCAUGUUGCGAUGUACAAUAUGUACUUCCAUUGGGUAUCUACUUACGUUGUUUUUUUUUUUUUAUAAUGUGUUGUUAAUAUAUUAUCUUCUUGGUUUAUCGUAAAAAUAAAACGAGGAUGUGUCACCUUAUACCGUUCAAAACGUGUUCGGCACCCCUGUUAUUUUUCGUGCCCCAGUGAAAGUGCAAUUGUUCUAUCUCGUACCGUUGAUUU